GGAAGGUCAUCAUAUAUGCGAAUAUCAUUGGGCAGGUGACGGCCAUGGCGCGGGUGCUUGGGUGUGAGGCGUAUUACAGUGAGCAGUUGGACAAGGCCGGGGUGCUGGCGCGGUUCAUGGGGGCCAGCCCCGUGAUCGCCGCCACCAGCGCGUUAGGCAUGGGGGUGGACAUCCCUAAUAUCCGCAGCAUCAUCCAUAUUGGGACCCCCCGGAUGUUACUGGAUUACGCGUAGGAGAGUGGCCGGGCUGGGCGAGAUGGACAGCGCAGUGAGGCAAUUAUUAUCCAGCCAGCUGGGUGGGAUGCCCUAGCUCCAUGGAUGGAGGGCGUCGCCCAUGAGGACCAGGAGCGGGUUGCUGAGUAUAUGGGGGUGGUGGAAGGCAUUGGGUGCCGCUGGGUCGUGUUAGAUCAGUAUUUGGACGGAGUGGUGGACGGGUAUCAGCGGCGGUAUUGCCAGGAUGCGGAUCCUGGGGAGCAGAUAUGUGAUGGGUGUGAUCCCAAUUGGGCAGAGCCGGAGGUGGAUCCAGCCAGGGUUGGUAGUAGCCUAGUGCUGGGUGAGGCAGCCCCAGAGGCCCCAUGUGAGGCAGGCAGCGAGGCAGGCAGUGAGGCAGGGAGAGAGGCACCCCAGGCCCCAGGAAGGUCAUGCAUGAGGCAGGCAGAACAGCAGGCAGAAAGUGAGACAGGUAGUGAGGUAGAUAGUGAGGUUAAUAGUAAGGCAGGCAGCAAGACAGCGAGUAAGGCAGGCAGUGAGGUAAGCAGUGAAGCAGACAGGAAGACAGGCAGUAAGGCAGGUAGUAAGGCAGGCAGCAAGGCAGGCAGCGAGGUAAGCAGCAAGGCAGGUAGUAAGAUAAGCAGUAAGGCAGGUAGUAAGGUAGGCAGUGAGGCAGGCAGUGAAGGAGGUAGUAAGGCAGGUAGUGAGGCAGGCAGCAUGAUAGGCAGUAAGACCAGCAGGAAGAACCCAGUAAGAUAG